AUGCAUGCACCGAUGCCGAGGGCGAGUCGGAGCGGGGCUCCUGGGCGCGUGCGCGCGCGCGGCGGCGGACCCGAGUACCUCGCGGACAAGGUGUUCGUGACCAGGCUGUGCUCCAUGUGGUACUUCGUUCAAGCUGCAUUGAUUAAUCCGCCUGCCAGUUCCAUCAAACCGCGCUGCCUCGACGUCCGGAGCGCGCACGCGCGCCCAGGCCGCACGGCGGCGCUGCGGCCGCUCCGCGGAGCCGCCCGCCACCAGGCGCCGGCGCGCUCCGGCCGCGCGGCCAUGAGCAGACUCUGCGGCGCCAGCGCGGCGACGGCGACGCCGGGCGCCGCCUACGCGGCGGGGCCGCCGCCGCAGCAGCGCGCCGCGGCCGCGGCCGCCCGCGCCGCGGGGAUUGCCGCGGCCCCGGCCGGCGCCGCAGCGGCGGCCGCGGAGGGAGGCCCGAGCGUGGCCGUGGUGGGCGCCGGCCCUGUGGGACUGCUGGCGGCCAUCGCGCUGUUCAGGCGGGGCUACCGCAAGGUCAGGGUCUUCGACCGCCUGGCCCGGCCGGCCCCGCCGGACGCCGCCUCGUGGGGCGACGCUGAGAGGUCGUACAACCUCGGCAUAGGCGAGCGGGGGCUGAAGGCCCUGCAGCGCUUCGAGGUACUCGACACGGUGGACCGGUGGUCCCAGACAGUCCUCGGCAGGAUGGACUACAAGCAAGACGGUUCGGGCCCAGCCCUGACGCUCCAGAAGAAGCGGAUGCCGUCCCGCAUCCUGGCCCGCGACAGGCUGUCGAGCUGCAUCUACGAGGACCUGCUCAGGACGUGCCCAGGCGUGCAGGUCGAGUUUUCGGUGGAGUGCGAGGAUGUGGCCUUCCACCCGGGCGGGGCGACCUUGAAGAUGCAGCAGUGUGUUCCGCUCAAGGACGGUGCGCCUGGAGGAGGAAGAACGCCAGAGGACGAGGAGUGUCAGGUCGACGGCGGCCCUUUCAGCGUGGAUGCGGACGUUGUGAUCGGCGCCGACGGUGUCAACUCGAUGGUCAGGGAGGCGAUGGAGAGGGCGGGGGCCAGGACUCGGAAACACGCCUUCCGCGACAGAAGCCCCACCGUGUACAAGACGUUGCCGGUGACGAUGCCCGCGGGGUCGAGGCUCGACCUCAACUACGGCACGCGACUGGACGGCGUCGGCCUCGAGGCGCUGCCGAAUGUGGAAGGCACUCUCGCCGGCGUCGUUCUGUUCAAGCCGACGGACACGCGCUUCACCGGGAUGCGGACCGCCGGCGAUGCGAGGGAGUGCCUUGAGAGCCUGUUCCCCGACUGGCCGCUGCCGCAGCUGUCGGAGGCCGAGCUCGAGGCCUUCGCCCAGAGGCGCGUGCGCAACCUCCCGCAGUUUUCCUACUGCGGCCCGUCCUUGAACCUGGGAGGGCGGGCCGUCCUCCUCGGGGACCGCCAUCCAUUCGGUGAAGCCGUAUUUCGGCCUGGGCGUCAACUCUGGCUUCGAGGACGUGUCCGUCCUCGACGACUGCAUCGAGGGCGCGGGCGGUGA